AUGUCAAUCCCUAAGAAAAACGCUUCUAUUGUUUGGAAGCACUUUCGAAGGGACCCAAAUACUCCUGAUGAGGCCACUUGUUCGAUUUGUAAUAACAAGUACAAAAGAUCUAACGGCACAACCAACUUAUUAGACCAUUUGAAACGUAAACAUUUUACUGUAUUAUGCCGUGAUGAGUUACAACACACUGAGACUGAACAGAUUGAAGAAGAUAGAAAUCAACCUGGAACAUCAGGGGAACGACAAUCUACAGGUGUUUUCUCUCCUUGUAAUAAUCCAGUUAUGGCAGUAACCAGUGUUGUUGAACCAGUAUUAAAGAGGCAAAAACAACUUUUAUUGUCUAAUAGAUUUGGUACACCAUCGGAAAAUCAAGUUAGAGCGUUCCAUGAAGCUAUUGUGAAGAUGAUAGCUGAAGACCUUCAGCCUCUUUCGAUUGUUGAAAAUUCAGGAUUUCGUAGUAUGAUACAGCUUUUGGACUCCAGGUAUGAAAUUCCCAGUAGGAGAUCCCUUGGAAGAACAAUAAUACCUAGAAUAUUUUCAACAGUCCAAAGUAAAGUUGAAGCUUUGUUAAAUGAAGCAAGACAUGUAGCUAUCACAACCGACAUUUGGACGUCAAUAAAUACAGAUUCAUAUCUUACUAUGACCGUUCACUUUCUAAGUCAAACCCAACUGAAAACUUUAGUGUUAUGCACAAAAAAAUUAGACUGUAAUCAUACUGGUGCAAAUAUUUGUGAAAUUAUGCGCGAAGAAUUAAAUAAGUGGAAUAUUUUUGAAAAAGUUGUCGCAGUGGUAACGGAUGGUGGAGCAAAUAUUAAAUCUGCAGUCAGGCAUAUGGGACUGUCACAUUUACCGUGUACUGCGCAUAAAUUAAAUUUAAUAGUUCAAAAAGCAUUAGAAUUGUAA